GUUUUUGCACACUUAUAAAUUGUUUGUCAACUAUAUCGAAGGGGGGACGAGUAGCUUACUGAUACUUAGGGAGCAGAUUACGUGACAAGUACCAAUCACUGUAAUCGAUAACUUUGAGCAGAUACUAGUCAUACAUAAUCCCCAGUCUCCUCAAUACAACCCCAUCUUUACAGACCAAAAUGCCCUCCAUGUCUUCUUCUGGUAAAAUUCUCGUUUCUGGCGCCAACGGAUUCAUCGCCGUCGUCCGUCCUGUCAUCGUCCCCUGUCUUCUCGACUGAUCUGAGCUGCUGUGCGCAGUGGGUGGUCCGCACGUUCCUAGAAGAAGGCUACUCUGUACGCGGGACGGUCCGGUCAUCCGACAAGGGCAAGUACCUGCUGGACACCUUCAGCGCGUACGGCGAGCGGUUUGAAGUGGUUAUUGUUCCCGACAUCACGGCUGUGCGUCACGGCAGCCCCCUGUUGCUAUUCGUCUGACGCGCACACGCGACGCUGCGAUAGGAUGGCGCGUUUGACGAGGCCGUGAAGGGCAUGGACGGCAUCGCGCACACCGCCUCCCCGUUCCACUUCCAGGCCAACGAGCCCGCCGGUGAGGCGCCUGUGUUCGGCCGUAUCUGGGAUUGUGCUCAUCUGCUUGGCAGAGCUGAUCGAGCCCGCGGUUAAGGGUACGGUCGGGAUGCUGCAAAGUGCAUUGAAAUGCGGGUCGGUUAGAGCGGCCCCACACAUUCAACUGCGAUCUCUCACCCCCUCUUCGCAGCACGAAUGUCCGCCGUGUCGUCGUAACGUCGUCAUGCGCUUCCGUCCGCGAUGAGACGGUGACGACACCCACCGUCUUCAGCGAGACGGACUGGAACGAGAACGCUAUCAAGGAGGUCGCGUCGCUCGGUGCCAAAGCAAGCCAGAAUGUCAAGUACAAUGCCAGCAAGACGUUGGCUGAGCGGGGUGCGUGCUGGAGGCUUGUCCGCCAUUUCGCGAAUUGAGCCAUGUCUUCAUCCAGCUGCGUGGAGCUUCAUGAAGGAGCACCCGGAAGCCAAGUUCGAUCUCGCCGUCCUCAAUCCACCCCUGGUCUUCGGUGUGAGUUCCCUCGGGGUGCUGUUUGCUAGGAUGGUGCUGAGGACCCUCAGCCGGAUAUCCAGGCGAUUGAGUCGGCAGCCGACCUCAACACCUCAUCGAAGGCGAUGCACAACGGCCUGACGAGCCCGGCAUCCCUCGUUGGCGGCGGACCGUGGAUCGACGUCCGGGACAUCGCUCUGGCGCACGUACGCAGUCUGCAACGCGAGGAGGCGGGAGGACAGAGGAUGAUCGUCACCGCCGACAAGCCUUUUACGUGGCAGGAUAUCAGUGCGUGCUCCGUAUCUCUCUCUCCCCAGCUUCUGCUUGCAAGCUGAAUGGCCGCUAGUCGACGUCCUGCCCCCUGCCGCCGUAGCGUCUGGGAAGUACCAGAGGGGUCGGCCGGGCUCGGGCAAGGAUUUCACGCAGAUGUUCCUGUACGACAACUCCCAGGGUAUCCGGAUCUUGGGCAUCAAGUACCGUUCGUUGGCAGAGAUGACCGCGGCUACGGUAGAACAAUGGGAAGGUCGUGGCUGGUGAUUGUUCCAAGGCAAAUAAGGAUGUGACCGGAAGCAGCUAGAGUAGCGGCAUGGCAGAGUGGGGACUCGAGUACGCAGGUCCCGGAUAAGCGCGCCGAAUCGCGGCCAUGAGGUAGAGGGAAAUGAAUCUAUGAAGACCCGCUAGCGCGUCGGUUGGCCAUGGGCGGGCAUGUGCACUGCUUCGAAGAUGAGCAACGGGCCGUGGAUAUGGCCCGCUCCUUGCAGGUAGCGGAAAUGAGGACUUUGCCGGAGAAGGCACGCAGUGCCACGCUGCGCGAGAGGUGGAGACGAAGCUGCGCAGAUGGCAUGGUGCACGCAACUCGGCGCGAUCCGUGGGAUGUAGUGCAGUGGGCGGUCUGGAUCAAGGCUCGGCUCGAGAGGACAUGAUUGUGUCCUUGCCAAAACGUGUUCUGCCUCGUUGAGAACCCGGGGUUGGUCUGGUCGUAUCCAGGCAGCACGAAGCGAUACGGCGAAACUCGGCGCGUCAAGGACUCGUCCCUCGUUUCCUGGAGGGAGCAAUCGUGGGGUGCUUACAGCCAGCGCCAGCCCAUCUGCACGCAUAUGAUCAUGCAUGGAGGAAGACGACGCGUCGAACAGCGGCUGAGGGCGGGUCACUAGCUCACCGCAGCGCAUGGGGUCAAAUAGAGCCCGAGGAGGAGGAACAUAGUUCUGCCUGGGCUGCCGACUGGCCGUCGUAGGUCAUUUGCGAAGGAUUACAAAGAGAGCAAAUCGCGAAUUCCCACGCCAUCUUGCUCUUUGCGGCAGAGUGACGCAUUCCAGAUGCCGUUCCGAAAAUCUACAUUUCGGUGUCGAUCUUCCGCAAAAUGUGCGAGGUGUUAAGCAGAAUGAGCCCGGAUAAAUAGGAGUGUGCAUUGACGCGUCCUGGUCUCAUUCGAUUCACUCCACCUCCUCAUCUCCCAGAAUCUCUUUGAAAAACAUGCCUACCAUCUCUGCCGCUGCAAAAGUCCUCGUCUCAGGCGCCAACGGAUUCCUCGCCACGUGGGUGGUCCGCUCCUUCUUGCAGGAAGGCUACUCCGUGCGCGGCACUAUCCGUUCGGCGAGCAAAGGAGCACAUCUCAAGGAGCUCUUCAAAUCGUACGGCGACAAGUUUGAGGUCGUGGUUGUGUCCGAUAUCACUGCGGAGGGCGCGUUCGACGAGGCUGUCAAGGGCGUCGAUGGGAUCGCACACACCGCCUCGCCGUUCUACUUCAACGUGACCGAGCCCUCUGGUAUGCUUGGCGUUUUGCCAGUCUCGGCGUCUGAGUCUCACAUAACGCCCGCAGAGCUGAUUGAGCCCGCGGUCAAGGGCACGGUGGGGAUGCUCCAGAGUGCUUUGAAAUACGGCUCCAAUGUCCGCCGCGUCGUCGUGACAUCGUCGUGCGCGUCCAUCAUCGACUUGACGAACACGAAGCCGAAGGUCUUCACGGAAGAACACUGGAAUGACCAAGCGGUCCACGAGGUGGAGACCAAAGGCGCCAGCGCCAACAAUGUUGCCAAGUACUGUGCCAGCAAGACCCUGGCUGAGCGCGCUGCCUGGAAGUUCAUGAAGGACCACCCGGAGGCCAAGUUCGAUCUCUCAGUGCUGAACCCUCCGAUCGUCCUCGGUCCCGACAUCCAGGGUGUGAAAUCUCCCGCGGAUCUGAACACAUCCUCGAAAUCGAUGUACAACGGCCUGACGAACCCCGCAGCGCUCGUCGGCGGUGCGCCGUACGUCGACGUCCGUGACAUCGCCCGCGCCCAUGUCCUCGCUCUGGAGCGUGAGGCGGCCGGCGGCGAGCGCAUCAUCGUCUGCGCCGACAAGAACUACACAUGGCAGGACAUCAUUGAUGCUUUGCCCCCUGCCGCUGCUGCCUCUGGAAAGUACCAGAAGGGCAACCCCGGAACUGGCAAGGACGUCGUCCAGAACACGCUGCACGACAACGCCAAGAGCGUCCGCAUUCUUGGCAUGAAGUACCACACUUUGGAGGAGAUGACCGCAGCGACUGUCGAGCAGUGGAGCGGCCGCGGAUGGUAGUCUUAGUACAUGUAUACACAAAAUAGCACGGACUUUAAUUGCAAUCCUGAAUUUCACGCCAA